GUUUCUGUAGUGUCCCUAGUGUUUUCAGUUUAAUAAACCCCUGUUUCCCUGCAAGCCACAAGUGGGUCGUCCACCUCCCUGCCUGCGCCAUGCCUUGCCAUCGCCCCAAGUCUGCCCUGGUCAAUGACAUCCCCUUAUUAAAGCCGGAGUUAUUGCUUCCCAUCUGUGCCUGCAGGAAUGCCUUCUGUUAUGAUGGAUAAGAGGUUCUUUCCAAAUGGAUCCUGGGAAAACAUCUCCACCGCGCCCUCGAUUUCCUCCUCUUCAUCUUUCACAGGCCUGGACCUUCUCUUUGACCUGAAGCCGCUCUUCAUCCCUCUGUAUGCCAUGCUGGUGAUCGUGGCCUGCUGCGGCAAUCUUCUGCUGCUCCUCCUCAUCGUUUUUAACAAGAAGCUCCACAGCACCACCAACUUCCUGAUCGGCAACCUGGCGCUUGCCGACCUGGUCAUGUGUCUCUUCUGCGUGCCCCUGACGGCCGCCUACGCCUUCGACCUCCGGGGCUGGGUCUUUGGCCGCCUCAUGUGUCACUUCGUCACCCUCAUGCAGGUUGCCACUGUCUUCGUGGCCGUGCUCUCGCUCACCGCCAUCGCUGUGGACCGCUACGUCGUGGUGGCGUACCCCAUCCGGCGCAGACUGGGCCGCCGCUUCUGCUGGAGCCUGGUGGUCGGCAUUUGGGUCUGCGCCCUGGCCCUCUCCGUCCCGACCGGCCUACACACGGGCUAUCUUGACCUGAGCGAAGCGGGUCACCACAUGGCCAUCUGUGAGGAAUUCUGGCAGGGCCAGGAGCGGGGCCGACUGAUCUACUCCUGCGCUGUCCUGCUGCUCUCCUACUUCGUGCCGCUGGCGGCCGUGUCCGUCUCCUACUGUGCCAUCUCCCACCACCUGCGGCGCCGGAGCAUGCCCGGAGCAGUGGCGGCCUCCAGCCGUGAGAAGUGGGGCCGCAAAAAACGCAAAACGUUCCAGCUGCUGCUAGUGUCGGUGCUCUGCUUCGCCUUUUCCUGGCUCCCCCUGCAGGUGGUAAACCUCAUCCGUGACUUGGAUCCCGACUUCUCCAUUCUUGGGAAGAACCACAUCAAUGUGAUUCAGGUCUCCUGCCACCUGCUGGCUAUGAGCUCAGCCUGCUACAACCCUUUCAUCUAUGCCUCCCUCCACGACAAGUUUCGGUCCUACCUGGGACGCCAUCUCUUCCCUCCGCGCAGGCUAAGGCAGGGUCGGAGCAGCUUCACUCCUUCUCACCGCAUCCAGCGUCUCCACACUUCUUCCACGCUGGCUGAUUUUCCCAUGGUGGUGGAAAAACUACCAUUGGAGGCUCGUUCCUCUUUCAACUGAGGCAUCAUUCUGCGAUAAAAUUUUAGAAAAACAAGGUUUUGGGGGUGUGGUCUAAGGAUUGUAGC